CCCCGCCGCCCGGCAAGGGCAGGAAGGCGAAGCGGGGAGCCGCGGCGGGCAGCGGCCAUGCGGCGGCGGCGCUGGCCCGCGUCGGCCACACGGACAGCAGCUCCGACCUCUCCGACUGCCCCUCCGAGCCGCUCUCCGACGAGCAGCGCCUGGCCCCGGCCGCCAGCAGCGACGCCGAGUCCGGCACCGGCUCCAGCGACCGCGAGCGGGAGCCGCCCGCCGCUCAUCCCGCCGCUCAUCCCGCCGCCGAGCAGCCCCGCGCCGGCCACGGCCCCGGCCCCGGCCCCGGCCCCGGGCGCGGAGCUGCGCCGGUCCCCGGCUUCCGCGGGGAUGUGCUACCUGCGGCCACGGGCGGGGGGCGAGCCCCGAGCCGCGGGGAGCCGCCGCCGGCGGCCCCGGAGGAGCUGCAGCGGGAGGUGGAGGAGCUGCGCUCGGAGAACGAGUACCUCAAGGAUGAGCUGGAUGAACUUCGGGCUGAAAUGGAAGAAAUGCGUGACAGCUAUUUAGAGGAAGAUGUUUACCAGCUGCAGGAGCUCCGGCGAGAGCUGGACCGGGCAAACAAGAAUUGCCGCAUUCUGCAAUAUCGUCUCAGGAAAGCAGAACAGAAAAGCUUGAAAGUUGCACAAACAGGCCAUGUGGAUGGAGAGCUCAUUAGGAGCCUGGAACAAGAUUUAAAGGUAGCCAAAGAUGUUUCUGUCAGACUGCACCAUGAGCUGGAGAGUGUGGAGGAGAAACGAGUUAAAGCAGAAGAUGAAAAUGAAGUCCUUCGGCAGCAAAUCAUUGAGGUGGAAGUAUCCAAGCAGACGCUGCAAAAUGAGCUGGACAAGUUAAAAGAGAGUUCCCUGAAGAGAAGAGGCAGCAGAGAAAUCCACAAAGAAAAAAAGACAUUUACCCAGGAGGACAGUGCUGAUUUGAAGUGCCAGCUCCAGUUUGCCAAAGAAGAGGCAGCGCUGAUGCGAAAGAAGAUGGCCAAACUGGGGAGGGAAAAAGACGAACUGGAGCAGGAGCUCCAGAAGUACAAGUCCAUCUAUGGAGAUGUGGACAGUCCCCUGCCUACUGGGGAAGCAGGGGGCCCACCCAGCACCAGGGAGGCUGAGCUGAAGCUUCGUUUGAAGCUGGUGGAGGAGGAAGCCAACAUACUGGGCAGAAAAAUAGUGGAACUGGAGGUGGAGAACAGGGGGAUUAAAGCUGAGAUGGAGGAUAUGAGGUGCCAGUAUGAAAAAGAGUGUCUCAGCAGGGACCACAUUUCAAGCAUUCCUACCUCACCCUACGGAGACUCUGUGGAGUCAGCCACAGAGCUACGCAGGCACCUGCAGUUUGUGGAAGAGGAAGCAGAGCUGCUGAGGAGGUCAAUCUCUGAAAUUGAGGAUCACAACAAGCAGCUAACGAACGAGCUGAACAAAUUCAAGUUUGAGCCAGGCCAGGAGCCAGGCUGGCUGGAUGACGCAGCAUCCAAGGGUGGUGGGACCUUGCAAGAGGAGCUGAAGUCAGCCAGGUCACAAAUCAAUGAGCUGAGUGGAAAAGUGAUGAAGCUCCAGUAUGAGAACAGGGUCCUUAUGUCCAACGUCCAGCGUUACGAUCUUGCCUCUCACCUGGGCCUGCGCACUUCCAGCCCCAGGGACAGCGACGCCGACAGCGAUGCUGGGAAGAAAGAGAGUGAUAGCGAAGAUGGUCGUCCACCACAGCCAAAGAGAGAGGGGCCCAUUGGGGGCGAGAGUGACUCUGAAGAAGUAUAUGAGAAGACAUCAGGUUUUGGGAGUGGGAAGCCAUCAGAAGUCAGUGACCUGUGCUCCACCGAGCUCAUGAGAGUGAAAGAGGACACUGAGUCAUUAAUUAACAUCAAACGUGAGGCUGAGCGACUUGAAAGGACUGUGGAGCGCCUUAUCACCGAUACGGACAGCUUGAUUUAUGAUGCAAAGGUGCACGUAACCAGCAGCCCAUCCACUGAGAAGGAUUUCAGAGGUGGUGAGGAAAGGAGAGAUGAUAAGCAUGAACCAGAGCUUUUGGACACUGUCAACUCCAGGAUGAAAGCUUUCCGGAAGGAGCUUCAGACCUUCCUGGAAAAGAUUGAUCACAUUGGAGAAGGCCUUAAGGAGCAGAUGGAGGACCUCUCCCCUCUUCCCCAUCUCACAGAGUCUUCCAGUUUCCUAUCCACAAUGACCUCCAUGUCCCGAGACUCUCCCAUUGGUAACCUGGGGAAGGAGUUAAUCACUGACUUCCAGUCCAAACUGAGGGAUCAGAUGGAGUGGCAGCUCAAACAAGAUCGUGGAGAGGAGCAAGAGAUUCGCCACCAGCGAGCCACCACCGACCCACACCGCAGAGCUGAUGGAGACAUUAAACUCUACAGGCCAGGAGACAAGGGCUGUUUCAGUCUAGAGAAUGUAUCGAUACAGGAGCUUCAGGCUCAGCUUGAGCAGGAGACAAGAGUUCACCGAGAGGAGCAAGAGAAGUUUACAGAAAGGAUCAUCCAGCUGGAGGAGGAGCAUAUGCAGACCCUGCGGAGAAAAGACUUGGAAGUGCAGAGCUUGACUUUGCAGAACAAACUGGAGGAGAAGACCUGGAGUCAGGAGAAAAAUCUGCUGCAGCAGGAACUCAGGCGUUUCAAGCAGGACACCUUUCUCCUGUAUGUCAAACUGAAGUGGCUGCUGAAACACUGGCGUCAAGGCAAGCGAAUGGAGGAGGAAGGGGAGGACACAUUAGAGAUGGAGCACCCCGAGACCCUCCCAGACUCUGGCAUUCCAUCUGAGCAGAAGGCAAAUGAUGCAGAGCGAGAGGAGGAGGAAGAAGACGUUGUGUUUGCACUGACGGAUUUCUCCCAGCAUCCCACCCCGGACAGCACUGAUCAUGGACCACAGCUGCAGACUGCAGAAUUACUGCAGCAGCAGAAGCAGGCAAGUGAAAACCGGAAGCUCCUGAACGCUCUGAAGGGUUUGCUGGAUGACUUCCGCUCGGAGCUGCGGGACGAGGAGCGGGAGCGCCAGGGGCUGCAGCAGCAGUAUGCCCUGCACAAGGCGGCCUGGGAGGUGGAAAUCACUGAACUCAAGUGUCGCCUCCAACAGCUGGAAGGGAAGAGUGAGAAUACCUCUGGAGAAACAGGUCUUGGUUUGGAUGCGAAGGGAGCUUUUAAAAGGGAAAGAGAAGAGCACAAGAAGCUUCUGGCUGACAGUCACAGUGUGGUGAUGGACCUCCGCUGGCAAAUCCAGCACAGUGAGAAGAAUUGGAACCGGGAAAAGGUGGAGCUCUUGGACAGGCUUGAUAGGGACCGGCGAGAAUGGGACCGUCAAAAGAAGGAGCUGCUCAGGCGGAUAGAGCAGCUCCAGAAAGAAGCGAGCCCAAGGAGAGGAGGUGGUUUGAUGUGUGAGCAGAGCGAGAGCAGCCGGCGGCCGUUUACGCCGCAGGGGAGCCUCCGCGUGCCCCGUUCCAUGGGGUCCAGGUCCUACUCCGACUCCGACACCAUUCAGUUUGAUGAGCGGUCACUGUCCAAGCUGAAGGAGAGCGACCGGUGCAGUGCCACAGAAAACCUCUUCCUGGAAUCACUGUCCCUCAACUCCCCCGACGAGCCUGAUGAGCAUCGCUCUCGGCACCUGGAGCGGGAGAAAUUCUUGACUGGACUAACAGAAGAGGAAGAAACACACAAAGGAAAUCUUCAAAGGGCAAUGUCCGUUUCUUCUAUGUCUGAAUUUCAGCGCCUGAUGGAUAUUUCUCCAUUUCUACCAGAAAAAAAUUUACCUUCAUCUGGCAGCAAAGAUGAUAUAACACCUCCCUUGUCUCCUGAUGAUUUGAAAUACAUUGAGGAGUUCAACAAAAACUGGGAUUACAGUAAUGCUAAGAGCCAUGGUGGGACAACUGAGAAGCCUGCAGAGGGUUGGGCAGAAAGGACAGAAAUUGGAAAAGCUGGGAAUGAUCCUGCUUCAGAUCCAUUCCAGGCAUCCUCAUGGUACCUCACCACCAGUGUCACUAUGACCACCAACACCAUGACCAGCCCAGAGCACUGCCAGAAGCAGCCAACAAGGAGUCACAGUGUCAAUGACAAAAUGGGAGUGCGGGUAUUUCACAGCCCACCGGUUGUCCGUAGGUUCGAUAACUCAGUGAUAGCUGGCAGUGAAGGGAAAAAUCAGGCUGAGCCAGACUUCCUGUUUUCUGUGACCAAAGCUAUGGGGAACGUCACUGAGACAAAAGGUGCUUCCUCGGAUAUGUUUGGAAGGUGGUCUUGUGACCUGGCCAAACACCAUAAAGAUUUUCUGGAGAACGGUCUUCAUCCCAUUGAACGUCCUAUUUGCACUACUGUGGGCUUUGCCUCACCCUUGCACAGCUUGGAGAUGUCCAAGAACAUGAGUGAUGACAUGAAGGAGGUCGCUUUCUCUGUCCGGAACGCAAUACGCUCCAACUCCACAGAGCCUCAGUUUAAGGACACGGCGUGCCAAACCAACGGCAUGAGAACGACAGGGACACAGACCACCCAGACCAUCAGCGUCGGCUUGCAGACGGAAACCCUGCGCAGUAUCACCAGCAGUCCACACAAGUGUCUGACACCAAAGGGGGGGUCCACGCCUGUCUCAUCACCAUCCAGAAGUCUAAGAAGCAGGCAGGUGACCCCCGUCAUUGAAAAGGUCCAGGCUAAGUUUGAACGUACAUGCUGCUCCCCCAAAUACGGCUCUCCAAAGCUGCAAAGGAAAGUCCUUCCCAAAUCAGACCAGCCAAAUAACCGGACUUUGCCUGGCACGCCUCAGAAAGGAUUCAGCGAGUCCGCUUGGGCUCGAUCGACUACCACACGGGAGAGUCCUGUCCACACCACUAUCAAUGAUGGCCUGUCCAGUUUGUUCAACAUCAUUGACCAUAGCCCCACCUUUCAUGAGACUUUCCAAAAAUGCCCGAGAUCUGGCAGCCGGUCCAGGUCAGCAGAACCCAGAGCAGAACUGGGCACAUUGCAGGAGCCAUGUACAAAUGCCCGUGGCAGAUCACCCAGUCCUCUCCGUCUGGGGACAGAGACACAAAAGGAAGAAGGAUCUGAGGUGACAAGUAUUAGGCAGGAUUUAUCUGCUCCUCCAGGGUACACACUUGCAGAAAAUGCUGCCAGGAUCUUGAAUAAGAAACUUUUGGAGCAUGCCUUAAAGGAAGAGAGAAGGCUACCUUCACACAGCCCACCAAAUCUUAGCAAUGACAACAGCACAGGAGAAAUUGUCAAAGUAGAUCCAGGGUCCAUAGAGAACCAAACUGUCUUAUUAACUACCCCCUGGGGACUCUAACCCUGCCUGCCUCACUGCUGUAAGUCCUUUCUACCUUGUUUCCAGAGCUUUCCGAAGGCGGUCAUUCUUGAACAUGUGGGUUAACAGAGGGAAAUAAAUGACCACAACUCCAGAGGUAUCGGCAUGCACCUGACAUCCCUGUGGGAUUCUUUGUAUGUCACAAUCAGGAAGAGCUCAGGAUAGGAGCUCAUCUGCUGUGUCCUGCAGCAGCACAGGCUGGGAAGAGGUCACAUUAAGUCAAAAAUUGUGCUGUUGGGUUUUUUUGCUAAGCUUUUUUAAAGUGGCAAAAUUUAAGACUGGCCCAAAGGUAUGCAAAAAUGCUGGGGAGUGAUCCAGAUUUCAGAUUCAUGACAAAUGCACAGCACUGCACAAGGCUUCUGGCUGCCCCAGGAUGCCUUCCCUCUAGUUCUGGCUACAGCAGCAGGUGGAGAGGGCUGGGAAGGAGCUUCAGCACCAGCCUGGAGCUAGAGGCUAAAGUCACCUUUGGUCAUUAAGUAGUUCUGGGCCCAGUUCUGUCCAGUGGCUGCAGUUGCCACAGUAGAGGGAACACACUGUGCAGAUAUAAGCUGUGACCAUCCAUUUUGCCUCAGAGAGAAGAGAAAACUGUUUUCUUUAUUUAUUAAUAUAGACAUAGCCAUGGUGGCUGACAGCCUGUUUUAGGAAAUAGCUAGAAACUGAAGCUGAAAUAAUCUUUCCCAUUUUCAGUGUUCAGGCUAAGAAAUGCUGCCUAUCCACCUACACCUCUGAGCAACUACCAAACUAAAUUACUCACAGGUUAUUUAUUAAAAAAAAAAAGCCAAAAAAAAACCAAAAAAAAAAAAAAAACAUUUCUAGCUAUGACAGCUACAUGUAGUAAGGGAGGAGGGGUUUUCGCAAACCAUUCUGCAGAGUUUCCUUGUCAUGGCUGGAUUUCCACGCUGCAGGGUGGGGUGACUGACUCAGCAGCCAGCACUUUCUAAGAUUUUGCUGCCAGUCACUCUUGGCCCUGGAGCAAUAUCCAUCACUAGCACAGCCUUGUGUGCUGCUGGACAUGUGUACAUCACAGAUAAGAUGAGUUUAACCUUGCUGCUUGGUAAAGCUGACCAACAUCUGCGGGUGUGCUGGAAAGAGGCUUUUGAACGGGGAGGCAGCAGUGGAAAUAAAUUUUGUUAUCUCUGUGCUAACUCUGUUUUACUGCUCUGAAACUAGGAUAAAGCAGCCAGGAGCAAGCAGCACUAUAAAGAUAUCAUUUUAAGCCUCCUUUUUGAAAGAGGCUAAGACAAAACCCGCAAAUCUCAUAGCCUCUUUUCACUGUGUUGUGCUGCCCAUGACUGUUGCUGCACAGAUGGGUUUCUCUUAACAAAUCUGAGUCUAGUGGCAGCUUUCGCAUGCCAUAUGCUGCCCCAGGCACAAUGGGAUAAGGUGAAGUAAGGACACACACUCAAUCCUCUUGUUAGCACCAAUUUCUAUUUAAGCCUUACUGCUGUUUUAGCGAGGGUUGUAAAGUUUAUGGGGCAGAGAUGGGGUGGGGGGUGAGGAUGCAGAGGGGGGGGGUGCAGGCUGAAGUGCUCUGCAAGUGCUGAGGGCAGCUGGCCAUAGCUCUUUCUCAAGCACUGGUGUGCAGCUGUAGAUCACCCCAUUGGCUGCAUGCUUCCCAAAACACCUGGACUGACCCUUCACUGAGGCUUCCCCAAGUCCAACAAUGCACUCUCUCCUAAACAGGUGUCAGCAGCUCCAUUUCUCAUACCUCAACUCUAUGUCUUCAAAAUUGGUCUUUCUGUCCUAUGACAUUCUUGUUUGGUCUUCCACUGCAACUGAGAAGUUCAAUGUCUUAUCACCUUGUUUGUUCACUGUCAAUCACAUCAUGUUACCUACUCCAAUAUUCUCCACCUUAGUCACUAUUCUCUUUCUCCAUGGGAAACAGUGUGCUGAAUCCUGGCCUCCCUGCUGCCCUGGUAUCCCUGCGUUUUGCUGUGCCACAGCUUUUCCUUUGCAUUGUAUCAUUUCUGGUCUCUCUCUUCGUUUAUCACUUUAUUUGCAUUCUGACUUUGGUUUUUAUUGAACUUCCCUGUACAUUCCAGUGACUGCUGUUUAGUGUACACAUUGCUAGAUGCUGGAAAACUACUCUGACUUGCUUUUAUAAAUUUCAAAGUAUGCAGUGAAAUUCACAACUUUGGCUCUGGCCCUAUGAGACAGACUUGCUUUCACAGUCACUCAUCUUGAUGUAGAGAGCAUUCAGAGCAAAGCAAAAAGUGCAAUUAUACUUUGAGCAAAGUCUAUGAAUAUUAAAAUCAUUACCAACUUAGUGCCAGGGUGAAAAAUCACAACCACAGAUUGUUUCUAAUUGCCAAGGCAAGAUAACCACGCCAGAACAGUGGAAACUUGGUGAAGGAAUAAAAUUUCCAAUUUCUUCCAUUUCUGUGAAUGUUGCCUUUAACAUAGAGUACGUCUGAAUCCUGUAGUUCAGGCUUCAGCAGCUGGCAAUUAGAAGUAGUGUUCCAGAAAAUGAAGUCUGUAGGUAAGCCUCAUCUUUAACCCAGCUGGAGAUCAUAACUACCCCUGUAGUCAUUAUUCUGUGCUAAGAAGUCUCCUGCAUGUCAAGUCUGAAUUCUGAAGGAGGAAAAAAGGAGACGGUGGUUGAUUUUUUCACCUGUCUUGCAAAUGCCAAACCUAGUCUUUUUAUGCUAGGUCAGCACUUAAAGUGUUGAAUAGUGGAUUAUCCUGAAUUGUUAUGCAAAUGUACUUUUCAGCUCUUCUUUUUCUAGCACAAGGAGAAAUAGCAAUUGAAAGUGUGUCAGCUACUCCAA